UAAUUUAAUGUACUGUAAACAACACGCAUGAGAUUCACGAGGACUAUAAAAGUGGUCAGAUGUCAGACCGUUGCCAUCACAUCUCAACCACAACUCCUUGGAACAAACUCAGCAAGAAAAAAAACUUUGUUUAAUCAUCCAACAUGAGCAAAUUAUUGGCUUUGUUUGCUGUCCUCCUGGUUGUGACAAUGGCGUUUGCUAAUCCUGCACCAGAACCAGUGCCUGAAGCUGAUCCAGGUUAUGGAUAUGGUCAUGGACAUGGACACGGUGGAUAUGGACAUGGUGGCUAUGGGGGUGGUCAUGGCGGUUACGGACAUGGUCAUGGAGGAUAUGGACAUGGCGGUUACGGACAUGGUGGAUAUGGACAUGGACAUCAUGGUGGACAUCACCACUACUAAAAUUAUUACUAACGUUUAAUUUAUGAAAAUCAAUUAAUUAUGUUGACGUAUAUUUUGUACAAAAUUUCCAGCUUGUAAAUUCGCAAUAAAAAUAUUGAAUUUAA